CGUAAAUAAUGAAGAUAACUGCAAAUCAAAAAUUUAUGUUUAGAUCUUUUACUUUUUCUUUAAAAGUCUUAUAUUCCAAAGAUGGGAUUCUUGUUUUGCUGUUUACUUGGUCAUCUGUUAAUUGGAAAUGUUGAGGCAGAAACAAUUCAGACCAUACAGAAGGACUACUUUUCGUGGCGAAUGGAAAAUGAACCAGAAUAUGGAACCUACAUAGGAAGAUAUGCCUUCAAUGACCGUGUAUAUUCCUAUAACAUAUCGAUGUUUGAAGUCAGAAGGAACAAAACGCAAGAAUUUCUGAACCGUUUAAACGUUAUAAGUUCCAACAUUACAUCUUCAGAGAGAAUCAAUUUUCUCAUUCUGAAAGACACAUUUGAGACGUACAUCAAUGGCUCCAAAUGGGCUUGGUACGGGGCACUUAAUCCAAUGAACUUUCUAGAAGGAAUACAGCUAUUUACAAGUGCUGUUAAAGCGUCGACCAACUCCAGAGGAGAUUUUGAAAACUAUAUUGCCAGACUGAAUGCUAUUCCACAUCAGCUGGAAGAAGUAAAGGGAUGCUUUCGAGAGGCCAUCAGACUGAACAGAACAUACCAUAAUGUUUCCAUUGCUGGCGUUCCGGCUAUGAUCGAUCAGCUCCUUGUGGAUCCUCUGAAGUCUAAUUUCUACUCUCCAUUCAACAAUUCCUUGGCAAAUGCCGCUAAUAUACCAGAAACCGAAAAACCUGGGAUAAGAGAAAGGGGACUUCAAGCCGUAAACAUGACAAUUGAAGCAUACAGAAGUGUUAAAGAUUUUAUCAUUAAUGAAUACAUCCCUAAAACAAGGCUUCAGUAUGGCGUUAACAGUUUACAAAAUGGAUUGGAAUACUAUCAAGCUUGCUUAAAAUGGCACUUGUCUUUUGAUAUGACCCCCGAAGAAGUUCAUAGAGUUGGAGAGCAAGAAGUUGAAAGGAUUCACCAAGAAAUGAAAAUGACAAUGGAAAGGCUAAAUCAUAAGGGGACGGUUAAAGAAUUUUUUAAUAGCCUUGUAAACAACUCCAACUUUUACUCCAACGAUUCGGAUAAAAUUAUCACUGAGUACAAAAAAAUCGUAUUUGAUAGAAUCAACCCAAAGUUACCACAGUUUUUUAAAGACAUACCUAAUGUGCCUUUAGAAAUAAGAAAGAUGAGUUACGAUGGACCAGGAGGAGGGUAUUCUUUUGCAACAGAAGAAUAUCCGGGAGUUUUUUCCAUCAAUCUAUUCCGACCUUUGGAAAACCCCUUUUUUGAAUUUAUGGCACUGAGUCUGCACGAGGCAAAUCCAGGUCAUCAUUUACAGCACAGUUACGCUAUGAUGGCAGAUCUCCCAGACUACAGACGGCACACACCUUUCUCAUUUUAUGAUAUCCCUGUAUGGUUUCCGUUUUACUCUGCUUAUUCUGAGGGAUGGGCACUAUAUUCUGAGUAUCUUGGAGUAGAAAUGGGAUUAUACAAGGACGAUUAUGAGUUAAUGGGUCGCUAUAGCGCUGAGAUACUUCGAGCCUGUAGACUUGUGGUGGACACAGGGUUACAUUACUACAAUUGGGAUAAGCAGAGAGCAAUUGAUUACAUGUUAAAUUACACUGCAUACUCCUUUGAGGCUAUGGAAAUAGAAGUUAACAGGUAUAUCACGUGGCCAGGUCAAGCUUGUGCAUACAAAAUUGGAGAAAUCAAGAUAAAAGACCUUCGGAGAAAGGCAGAAACAGAAUUAGGAACGCGAUUCGACAUUCGUGAUUUUCACUCAUUGAUUCUUACUAACGGCGCUGUACCUAUGUCCCUGUUAGAAAUGUUGGUCAACGAAUGGAUCGAGGAAGUCAAGGCAGGACCAAUCGUAUCUGGGGGUUCUCUUGUAACUGGCAGUUACAAAUGGCAGAUUUUCUCACUUCUUUUUCUCUUUAUCAUACUUCAAUGAUUUUGUAUGGGGAGAAGCAACAAUUAAUUACCUAUAUUUUUCAGUUUGGAUAUUUAUACUGGAUAUGGUUUACGGUAAUAUAGAUGUCAGACAUACAUUUUAUGUUUUUUUUUUUUAGUCAAUGGCAACAUAAAUAACUAAAAUGGAUUUAAUUUUAUCAAUUAUUAUUUAUUUGAAAAUCAACGAUAUGUUAUUUUGCUUGGUAACUAGUUUUUAUAUGUAUCUAAGUUAAGCACAUUUUUCCUAACAUAAAUUCUGGGGCUUUUCCGACAAGAACUUCGAAAAAAUCCCAUACUGUAUGAAUCAUGAUGUGUAAUAUUUAGAGAUAGAUAUAUUUCCAUCAAACUAUGUAUCAGUAAUAAAAACAUUUCUGAGAAAUUGUGCGGAUCCGAGCAAUAUUGAGCUCUAGUCUCAUUCAACCAGAGGAUAUUGAACUCUUGCGUAAGAAAACAUACGACUACAAAAAAUAUUUAAAUUUGUCGUACAAUUUAUAAUUUUACUAUUUUCAUGGUAUUUAUAAAUAAAUUUCCUUGAAAAAGAAAGCAUCAGAAUACAUAACAUCGAAUUUAUCGAUUAUUUUAAAAAUUAAAAAAAAGUGUGGUCCAAACAAUGUUUCACUUCCGAUUUACUUCAGUAACUGCGUAGGAUAGUUGAUUGAAAUCAAUUCCCAAAAAUGGAACCCAAUUUAUUAUAAAUGAAAUUACAACUCUUUCUGUUAAACGUUAAAUUAAGAAAUAAAUUUACCAUAGUUUGUCCCAAGUUAUUGCUUCUAUCAUUUUUUGAUGAUUUUUAAUCAAAAUACACAUACACAUAAAGAAAUACUUUUGAUAUUGAUAAAAGGUAAAAUGUCCAACAUAUCUUCAUUGACACAUUAUCAUUUUUCACUCAUUAAAGUUCAGAGGAAAACAAAUUUCUUACGGAGAUUUAUAAUAGGAAAUGUUUACAUCUUUUCACCAUUAAGAAAUCACUCGGAAUAUCUCGUACAAUUUUCACCAUUAUCAUCCGGGCUAUUUUAUGGCUUAUGCAAUGUAAAAUCCCCGUUGAUAAUCUGGACAAUUUCCAUAUCAGUGGAUGAACAUAGUUUGGGCACAAAGGCAUUUAUGAUUAUUGAGAUAUCAAGCGAAAAGCAGGACAGACUAUAGUAAGUAAUCUUUAUUUUUUAAAAAGGUAAAAGGAAACAAGUAUUCCUUUUAAAGGAAUGAUCGGCAAUAAUGAUAUAUUGAUAGCAAGAAGCAUUCAACAUGAUCAGUUUGAUGUAAAAAAAAAUUAAAUAAUUUAAAAAGUACUGCAUUUUUAAAACAUAUAGAAUAUUUUGAAUUUGUACACCAUAAUUUCAUCAUUAUAAACUGUCAACAAAUUUAAUUUUGAAAUAAAUUUUGGGAAAGCCGUUCGUAAACUCCUUGUCUAGUUUUAUAUUUUUAACGUAAUUAUUAGAUGUUAAUGUAUCGUCUUCUUCAGAAUACUGAGCAGGGCUCUAAAAGAGCAUUAACACGUAUACAAAGAAAGAGUUGUAUCAAAAUAAUUUAAUGCGACUGAAAAACAUUGAAUGCCAUCAUAACUUGCUAUUGAGGGCGCAUUAUAACAUAACCUUGUUUAUAAAUCAAGCAGUCUUCCUAGCUACUAUUAUGCAACAUCAAUAGAUCGAGGUCAGUUCAUGGAGCAUCUUCUUAUGAUUGACGCCAGUUCAUCGAGGUCAACUGCAUUACUGAAUGAAACUUUCGAUCGAAAUUCUUACGCAUGAGACAAAAUGUGCAUUCUUGAAUUAACAGGUCGAACUGUAUUUUAUGUAUGUUUGCAUAUCUUAAGGUAAAUGAAUUGAAAUAAAACUGAGUAAAAUGUUACAUAAAUACUAAACCAGACUUCAAGUUUUUAUAAGAACUACUUAUGCAACUGGAAUGUGUGCGCACAUGGAAGCAUUUGCCGGAUGCCUCAUCUGGACACAAUAGUGAUCGGCCGAAGCCGAUCACAAAAACCCCUCGAACAAUGAUUUAAAAAAAAAAGGAUUCCUCUAAUAAAUUAUAAAAAGCAAAUGUAAAUAUGAAGUUCAUUCUUAUUGUUUGGACGGUCGUUGUCAAUGUUAAGUAAUUCAUAACCAAUUUUAAGAAUGCCACAGCAUUCACAAAACGUCAACAUCUACUAUAUACAUAUGCCAGAGUGUGUAUUUAAUUUAUAAAGACAUAUAUACUGUAAACCAAUUAUUAUUCGCUACGACUUUAUUUCGCGAUAUAUCCGAGAUGAACUGGUUCGCCGCGACUAAUUUUCGCGACUUAACCUCAUCAACACCUGUUUCUUUUAUUACAGCUAUAUGAUAAAUACUGGUCUGCGGCGAGAAAUAUUCGCGACAAUGAGGUCUUCGUGAACCUCGCAAAAAUUUCUCGCACGCUAAUAAAAGUUAGUUUACAGUACUGUCCACUAUUAAAGUGAUAACUUAAUUUAAGGAGGCUGCGUUGUGGUCAACAAAUUAGCAAUGAGAUAUGCCUUAAACUAUGAUACAUGUUAUUUUUUACCAUAAAUUAACACGUAAAAAAAUCCAAAUAUUUUACCUUUAAAUUUUAGCAUGUUCCUAUAUCAUCAUAUAGAGCUCUUCUUCAUAAAGAGGUAAAUAUAAUCUAAAACAAUGCCAUGAUUACUAGUAAUCUCUUCACCAUUCUUAUAAAUCUGUAGGUGCUAGUAUAUCACAUCAUGUAGGGACACAUGCUUUUGGGAUUGAACAAAAUAUACAAAGUUACGGUUGAUAAUAAAGAUAUGUAUGUGAUAAAAAUAUAAAUAACCGACAGAACAGACCCAUGUUUCAAGUUCCUGAAUUAGAAAGUGUCACAUCUCAAGGUACACGCACUUAUGAUCAUCAACAAUUUAGCUACAUUUAUUUAGUACAUGUAUAUUAUGCGCGUUCACAUGAGAAGUGAUAACCUAUGGCCAAUGCAUUUUUCACCUGCAUUGACUGCAAAAAUAUCUAUCUAUCAUUUCAUUGAAAUAUAGUUUAAAAUCUACCCAGUGGGAUGACGGGACCC